AUGGCUUCCCAGAUGACAUUGUCCGUGCGUGGCUGUGCACACUCGGUGUGGAAGAACAUCACUUCACGAUACAGAGUGGUGCGUCUCAUCCCGCUGAGCUCACCAUUCAUCCCUACUGCUGCCCCAUCACGUAAUGCCAUCCCAGUGAUCAUCAUCCAAGUUCCUCGGGGUGUGCCAUUGAUGAACUUUUCGUGGAAUGAGAAGGCACCGAGCCUGGUGGUGACCUCGUCGAUCGACACAAUAUGCACAGCGUGGAACAUCGACACCUCAGUGGCGAUCACCCAGCUCAUCAUGCACGAUUGCGAGGUGUACGACGUCAUGUGGCUGUCAGGGGCAACAGACAUUUUUGUGUCCAUCGGCAUGGAUGGGAGCCUUCACAUGUUUGACCUGCACAGUCUGGAGCAUUUGACAAUCCUGUAUGAGACUCCAGCACCGAAGAAUGUGCAACCGCCGCCCACGUCACCAUCUGCAUCUAUGCGCCCGCUGACAUCGCCACUGCUGCAGAUCGCAUUCAACCUGAAUGACUCGAAUUACAUGUCAACAUUCCACAUGGAUGGUGUGAACAUGCAGAUCCUGAACAUGAGGAGCCUGGGAUCACCUGUGAUGGAGCUGCGAGGACACUGCACACAGGUGAAUGCCCUUGGCUGUUGUACACAGUUGACGCCGCUCACCGACUGUUCUGGUGCAGGUAAUGACUGCCAGCUGCUGCUGUGGGACCUGUCAUCUUACACGCAAUUACUGUCGACCUCUCCACGGACUACGAGCACAUCUUCAACAUCAGCAGGAGCUGGAGCAAUGUGUGCCCCCUCUCAUCUACCCUCAGUGAACAAUCUGGCCAUCCUCUUCCUCGUGCCACUCAUGUUCAACCUCAUGCUCGAGAAGGACCUGCAUGUGAACUGGCUCAUGUGUUACGCGGCAGCAAAACACGAGCGUCUAGUCGAGUCGUUACGAGACAAGGUCUUAGUCUAA